AUGGACCCCACGCCAUCGCCAGGCUCGUUGACGGCUGUGAAGCCAGCGGCCCUCCGCAUGGACAGGGCGGCGGUGUUGACGAACAGGUUCGGCGCGUGCACCCCCUCAGAGACACUGGUAGAGUACGACGGGGUGAAGUCUCUGGAGGAUGCCUCGAGCAUGUGCAGGGCCACCUCUGGCUGCACCCACUUCACGCUGGACGUGUCCGGAUCUCGCUCGGCCCCAGCCACUCGGUCGCGGGUGAGGCUGUGCGCAGGUGAGCCGCGCCCCGUUGACAGGGACGGAGCCGUGCUGGUGGUGAGCUCGCUGUGA